AUGGCCUCUUCCCAGCUUUUCAUUAUCCUGGCCAUUCUAGCAAUCGUUGCCCCUUCAGUUUUGGCAACAGAUUAUGUUGUUGGUGAUGACAAAGGUUGGACAACUAACUUUGAUUACCAAGCUUGGGCUCGGGGAAAGAUGUUCGUUGUUGGCGACAACCUUGUUUUUCACUAUCCAGAAGGAGUGCACAAUGUACUCAAAGUGAACGGCACUGGGUUUCAACAAUGUGCAGGUCCUGCCAGCACUGCGCCAUUAACAAGUGGUCAUGAUGUGAUAACCCUAGCAAACCCAGGGAGGAAGUGGUACAUUUGUGGUGCUCCUAACCAUUGUGCUGCUGGGGGACAGAAGCUUGCCAUCACUGUAAUGCCAUCGUCGUUUGCUCCUAGCCCAAGCCCUCUCUCCGCAAAAUACGUCGCUUCUAGCCCUAGCCCCACCCCUGGAUGCUGAAACUAGCUCCAACUAGUGUGCUCCAACUAGUGUUAAUGGAUUAAGAUAAGGACGGAUAUAUGAUCGAUUGUUAUAGUAAUAUAGUUAUUGCAUUCUUUGGAUAGUCAUAGCUUAAUAACGGAUUGACGAUUGUUUCCGAGUACCUAAUUUUUUUUUUCAGUUAUUACCUAUGAGUGUGAUCAAUCA